AUGGGGAGGUGCGGGCGUCUCUUUGCUCCCGUAGAAGCAAGUAGUUUCUUCACAUCAAAUCCCCCCUGUGACCUUCUUCCAACCCUCCCGGCGCUAGUACAGUUGUCCUCCGGUAAUUGGAUCUACUAUCUUUUAAUCAAGCCGCGCUUUGGGGGAGGUGGUGAUUCAGAGAUGAACCCCACCGCGCCUGCAACACGAUACAUCUAUUCAUAUUCAGGGUCACCCCAAUUAGGCUACAAGUAUGUCGUAGAAAUACAUUUGGCGCAAAGAAGCAAGCUACUGCACGCGUCUGGCAAGAUUCUCCUCGUCUGA